UCGCUGUAGCAACGCGCCGCCCGGGCGGGGAGAGGCGGCUCCGCUAUCGAUUGAGGCCGCCUGGAGGGGGGGUGGCCGCGCAGCCGUUACUGGGGUUGUCACAGCGGCUCUCGCCCAGCUGCCGCCGUCAUGUGGAGAGCGGUCGCUGCCACCUCGGCCCGGGCCCUGUGCCGCGCCCCACCGCCGGCCCCACCGCCGCGGCGGCGGGCUGUGAGCAUGGCCGUGUCCCCCGCCGCCGGCCUGGCGGACGAGCGGGUGGAGACGCGGGUGGCGGGGCUGGGCCCGGGGCAGCCGGUAACCCUGCGGGCGGUGGCGACGGAUGAGCGCGGCUGUCUCUUCCAGUCGUGUGCUCACUACCGGGCGGACGGCCGCGGCGAGCUGCACCUGGGCACGGACGCCUCACACGGCGGGGACUACACCGGCGUGGAGCCCAUGGGUCUGUUCUGGAGCCUCGCCCCCGCCGGCAUGGAGAGUCCGUACCAGCGGCUCGUUCCGCGCAGCACCGGCACCCCGAUAAAGGUGGAGAUGUUGGUGCACCAGGGCCACGGGCUGCCCCGCGCCGUCCCCGGGCCCGUGGUGGCCAAGGCCAAGGUGGAGAGGUGGUUCACGGCCCCCGGCGUGCGGCGGAUCCGGCUGAAGGAGGGAGGCGUAAGGGGCUCCCUCUUCCUGCCGCCCGGAGAUGGCCCCUUUCCAGGAGUGAUUGACAUGUAUGGUGAUGAAGGAGGUUUGACUGAAUUUAGAUCCAGUCUCCUGGCCACCCGUGGGUUUGCUGCUCUUUCCCUGCCAUAUUUUGACUUCGAAGAUCUGCCUAAAGUCAUGAAAGAAUUAAAACUCGAGUACUUUCAGGAUGCAGCUAGAUUCCUACAGCGUCACCCAAAGGUGAAAGGACCAGGAGUUGGAGUGAUUGGGACUGGGAAAGGGGCAGAAUUGGCACUCUCCAUGACCACCUUCCUGCCAGAAGUAGUGGCUGCUGUCUGUAUCUCCGGCUGUAGUUCAAACACAGUUGCAGACCUCCAUUAUGGUGAGAUGACUCUGCCUGGGCUGCGUUUUGAUAUGAAUAAGGUCAGUGUUUCUGACACUGGUGUAUAUGACACUUUUGAAGCUCUGGAUGACCCAACAAAGCCUGCUAAUUCUCCUUGCACGAUCCCCAUUGAAAAAGCAGAAGGUCACUUUCUCUUAGUGGUAGGGGAAGAUGAUCGUAUGUGGAAGAGCUCUUUAUAUGCUGAGCUGGCAAUUGGGCGUCUACGCCAGCAUGGGAAAGAAAACUUUGAACUCUUGAGUUAUCCAGGAGCAGGUCACCGAAUUGAUCCUCCUUCUACUCCGUUCUGUCAAGUAGCUAUGGAUCGUGUUCUGGGGGUGCCUGUUGUGGGGGGUGGAGAGAGCAAAGCACAUGCCCAUGCACAGGAGCACUCCUGGGGGAAGAUUCAGGAGUUUCUGCACUUGCAUUUGGGAUGAACACUUAAGCACCUGCAAGCAGUUGCGGAACUGCAGAGGACUGAGCUUGAGCCACCAAAAUGACUCGUGAAUUGGAGGGACUGACUUGAGAAAAGCUUUGCAAUGUGAAAUAACCAAAUGACUACUUAGGUACAAGCUUAAAUCCAAAAAGAAAGGUAUUUAUUUGAACUAGCCUAACUUAUUUUAAUUAGGUACACAGAGAAGUGAAACAAUAAUAAGUAGGCUGUAUUGUAGUACAAAUUUGACAGCCUGAAUUGGUGAUGGUAUCAAGAAACAAGUAUCUGAAGAGAGUAGUAGGUACUUUCUUGUGGUAUUUAUAACUCAGAAAAUUUAACAGCUAGCCUGCACCCUCGGCAAUGACAGACUGGAUCGUACCUGGGGAACGAUGGCAACCCAUGGGUGAUGAACUCUGACAUCAAAAUGAUGAAUGAUUCUGGCUUUGGGUCUUAAAUUACCUUAGCCCAGAGUUCUCAGAUUUACAGCCAUAUACACUUUGGAAAUGUUCUCUAUUUACAUGAAGCUUGGGAUAUCUAUUUGUAAUGAGAUUUGUAUACCUUGACCUUAGGUAGUAGUCUUCUGGUGACACAGUCUGCUUCUUUCCAAAAAAAACUACCUGUAAGGUAGGAAAAUUAAGAGUCCAUUUCACAUCAUUCCAGGAGAAUAGUAGCACUAGCACUCUCUUGUACUAGGGAUGUAACCAUCUGUUCCUAUAGUGUCUUGGAUUGGCAUUUGAUACUCGGGGUAUUAAAAUUCUGUUGGAUAGGUUAAAGCACAGUUAAGUGCAGUUACGCUAUGUGCAAGUCUUACUUCUCUCUUUGUUGCUUGUUUUAAACUAAUAAUGCCUACUAUUACAUUAGGGACUAAUUACUUGUGGAACUCUUUAGUAAUUAUGCCAACAGAUGCUGCCAGCUGUUCUUGGGGGGGAAGCGGAGUUGAGAGACAGAAAACGUAGCCAGUAGAAGAUCAUUAAGGCUAACUCUAAAAACCUCGCCUUAUGGUGGUGAUUACUUAAUCAUAAUACUUAAAAAACCAAAACCAAUCAAACAACACAACUAAUCCGCACACCCCCCAGAAAAACAAACAAACAAACAAAAAGCCCAACAAAUCCAAAUCUUGGAUAUCUUUUCUAUGACUGCCUGAGAAUGUCUGUUGUGUUUUGUUGGGUUUAUUUUCCCAUCCUAAUUCAGUUUUGGCUAGUGCCUUAUUUUUCUCCACCAUGCAGAUAGAAACAACUUCUUCCCGAAUGAGUUGAUGUCUUGAGAAAAUCUUGCUGCAAUGGUGGCAGUGCUGAAGGCCUGUUUUACAAGGGCCACUAUCAGUAUAAUUUCUCCUUCCAAGGUCAUCUUGUCAGACCAGUUUCAGAGCUGCCCAGGAAGAUACAAAACCUUCAUUUAUGGCACUGAAUUUUGCUUUGCUCUCAGAGAUCUUUUCUCUCCAGUUAACUGUCAUUAUGCUGCUGCUCAGGUCUCAUUAGCUUUCUGCAACUCUUAUUACUCCUUAUCAUUUGAUUGAAGUCAAGUUUUGCACGUGCCAUCACUGCCAGUUGAACAAUUUAUCCAUCCACUCCUUGCAAGAGAAGCUCCAUCCUGCUCACUCCAUGCAAAAUGCCUUCUCACCUUGUCUGGCUAAACUCUUGCGCUGGCUGAAGAGGCCUUUGCAGAGUUAUAUCUGUUGCUUGAAUCUCCACUAAAACCAGCAGCCACGGAAGUCCAGGACCACAGCCUGCUGUGAUGUGCAUGUUGGUGUCACCCACAUUUAGUAUCCUGCCUUUUUUCCAAACUCACUCCAACUUGCAACUGUAGAGGAAAGGGUUGUCCGAAGGUUUUGGUUUGUUUGGUCUACCCCCCAUGUGCAUCUUCGGUCCUUGGAGCUGUGUAACUGGUAGAGCAGUGACUUCUCCAGCCUUGUGUUCUUACCCUCCCAGUACUGAUACCUGUGUCUCCGCACGGCAGUCCUACCUCAGCAUAUCCAUGGCUAUGCAAGGUUGCAAGCUGGAGGUUCAGGAAGUAAAUGUUAAGUUGUAAAUAAAAUCAGGUAGCUUAGAAGUUCUCAGACUUCAUUUCUAAAGCACAAGCCUUUAAAGUAAUUCAGUGUUAGAUGUUGUCAGAUAUAUGCAAUUUAUUAAAAAGCAAGGCUAUGUGAGAAUUUGACAUAUUCUUUUCUGAAUAGUUCAUUUGUUGGAAAGCUGAUUUAUUUUUUUUAAACAAAGAAGGGAGGAAAAAUAAAAGUAAUGUAAUUUUUCACUGUGAAGAUCCUUUUGUGAACAGGUCAGGAUAUUCCUGGACAAAAUCAGUCACAAAAUGAUCUAUAGAAAACCAGCCAACUUUUGCACUGGUAUUUUGUAUAUGUAUAAUGCUACUUGGAGACCAAAGAUACAUCACAGACACUCUGCAGAUAAUGUAGCUAUGUCCUGAAGUAUACAUUAAACGGAGUGCCCGAUUAUGGCCUUAGUUAAAGCCACGUUAUUUAUACUGUUUUGCAUUCCUUACCUGGCAGAACUCCCCUAGUGCUCCACUGAGACUUUUGCUUGGGUGGCUGGAUCAGCUUUACUAAAUCUGGGGGGCUUAGGCCUGCGGCACAGCUCACCAGGGGUUCCAAGCACUCCGAGAGGGCCGUGCGGCCUGUGCCGGGCCCUGGCAAAGCUCUGACCGGCGGCAGAGCCCCGGGAGGGCUCCUCCCGGGCGUGGAGCGAGCGCAUCAAACUGCCGCGGAGCGGGUGAGCGCCUGGUGCUGACGCUGUUUGUCAUUUGCAAAUUGUUGUAACUUUUUGUCACUGAUUGUUUAAAUAAAAGGCGUCUGAUUAUG